AGUUAUCUGAGAAUAAAAAAAUGGGCUUGAAAAUUGUAAAAUUAUGUAUUGCUUGUCACAUCUGUUUAGAAAGACCAAUCUUCCUGUACCGAAAACUAUCAUACAUUCUGAUCAACCUAACUCCAUCCCAUGAAACUGGCUGUGACUGUUUUCUCACCUUGCCUCCCUCCCUCCUCAGCUGCAGACUCCAUUUCUGUCCCAGAAGACCUUAAUACAAACUUUUCAGUAGUUUGUGUAAAAAAUAUAAUUGUACAUACAAUAAUAACUACUUUGAUAAGACAAGGGGAAAUGGUUUAAAACUAAAGGAGGGAAGAUUAAGAUUCGAUGCCAGGGGGAAGUUUUUCACUCACAGAAUGGCAAUGUGCUGGUACUAGCUGCCCAAAGAGGUUGUAGCUGCUGCAUUCCUGGAGGUCUUCAAGGCCAGGUUGGAUGGGCUCUGGGCAGCCUGAUCUACUUCGUGAUUUAGUGGUCAGCAACCCUGCUCAUGGCAGGGGUGUUGAAACUAGAUGAUCUCUGAGGUUUUUUCCAACAUAAAGCCAUUCUAUCGUUCUUAAAUCGACUGACAAGCUUCGGUCACACAGUUUUAGCCAAAAGGAAGAAUAUAUUUCCAGCAUGCUGUGAAUGAGAUAUUGAUUCAAAGUUUCAUGAUCUCACGGACACCCAAACAUAAGAAAUCUUUAAAGAGACUCAAAUUAAACACCAUCACCAAGCUUCAUUCCCAGUACUGCUACUAACUGGACUUGACACCAAGUGCAGAAACGUGUGCGAGGCCAUUUUAGGAGACUCAGCUGAUAAUAAGCUCCAAAUAAAAGCACUACUGUAUGAAUGGAACAUUGUUUAUGCAUUAGAACAAGAUAAGUAUUUUAAUAAUAGUUCUUUUCAGAAGGGUCUUUUUCUUCAUCAAGGGUCUCUGAUAGUUUUCGCCAGAGAUUAGGUACAUGGAGUAAUUUAUGGGUAGAAGGAGUUCAGCUCUUGUCUGUCCAGCUAUCUGCAAUACCUCUGAGCCUUGAGUUAAAAACAAGUUGGCCCACAGUGUGACAAGGACAUCAGUGGGCUUGUUAUGUUGAAAGACUACUGAUUUUUGGUGCUGGACAGACAAGAGCUGAGUGACAGAUAACUUACGGAGGACAAGUUAGACAAUGAGCAAUAUACAUGUUUAGAUAGCAAUGAUUUAUGUUUAGCAGGUAUCUAUAUGUUUAGUUGUGUCGGGAGGAUUUGUGAACCUGAAGUACUCAGCCGAUGAGGAACCAAGGGAGGAAGAGAUAAACGUCGGGUGAUAGGGCAUAAAAGAUGUAACGCUGUCUCUGCAUGUGCCUCUCUUUGCAGGACGUCCGCCAUUGCAAUCGCAAAUAAAAUCUGCCGAGCAGGGCCCGUAAAGCCUUGGAUCCGGGUGAGUGCUUGCCUCGGCGCGGUCCCUCAGCCCUCGAGGAGGCAGCGUGGAGCCGAGGGUGGUGCCUGUGAGCGCAGCUCCCCGCCACUGCUCCUCUCCAUGGAGCCGAGGUGCUUUCCCCAGAGUGGAGAACUCGCUACAGUAGAAGUCAGAGGCAGAAGAGAAAAUCAAAUCUGGUAUUUGAAAAUAUCAAAACUGGCACUGGCUUUUGCCAUUAUCCGCUCCAAACCACCAGGAAAGAGCUGCAAAGAAUACAUUGAGCACCUUGCCAAAAUUGUAUCUGAACGAGAUUUUGACUGGAAAUCGAAAGUUAAAGCGCUAGAAGCUGAAAAUUUUCGAUUACGUCAGGAGCUUCUUUUGAACAAGAUCUGUCAGAGAGUCUGCUUGGAAAAUGGAAAGCCAGGUGCCUCUGCUGAAACUCUUCUGGAUGAGGAAUGUAUAAACACAGUGAAUUACUCAAGCCAGUUACAAGACUCUGGAUGUGAUGUGUCUAAUGACUACGCAUUCGAGUCUUUACGAAUAGCUUCUGAUUUCCAAGACCUUGAGCAUUCUGACGACACUUUUAAACAUUGUUUGGAAAUAAUUCCCCCACUGAAUCUUGGCUGUUCUAGCAAGGAGGAAUCUUUGAGUGUCCCAGUGCAGUUUUUUCAACAUCUGCUUGAAAUAAGAAAACUGUCAGAAGGAGGAAUGCUGCAAGCAGACUUCACAGAGCUUGAGAAUGAUUCUUUCACUGUAUGCAAUUCAUUGUCUCAGCUGCUUGAUGGGCUAACUGUUUUUUACAACAGUCCUAAGUUUCCAGUUUCAGGUUUUCUUACUGAAGCAGCUUGUGUUUUGAUCAAAUUAGUAGCUGACACUAAACUAUCUAAUCAUGUUCUGAAGAAGUGUUUCAGGAAGCUUGAAGAAUUUAUGAAAAAUUUAAUUCAGAUUAUUUUAAGAAACAGCAGUGUCAAUAGGUUUCAGGCACUGGAUGCUGUGUCACACACUCUUGUUUUGCUAGGAAGGAACAACACACUUCGAAAUUCUUUACUGUCUUUUCUACUGUCAGAACUACAGCAGUUUGCUGAGCAGAUGUUGCAAGCUUACCAGAUCCAGGCGAUGUAUGACAUUACCCAGUAUGAGAAUAUUUUUUCUUUGUUUAUGAUUCUGGAACAACUUCUUCACGAUGAGACAGAAGACUCAGGCUAUGAUGGAGAAGAGAAAAUCAAAUUUCUGAAGAACCUUGAUCAGCUUAUUUUUCACCUUUCAGAUGAAUUCCCUUUGUUUUCUUUAUAUUUAUGGAGAGUGAGUGUUCUUUUGAACUCAGCUCAAAUACAAAUUGAUUAAAACCUACUUUAAAGCAGUGCAUUGUUGUGAAACUGGAUUGGAAAAUGAGUCAGACAGGGAAACUAGUUAUUGGAAAAUAUUUAUUUUAAACUUCUAUGCUAUGCUUUCGCUUCAGAGAUAAAUAAAUUUAUUUCCAAUUUUAAAUAUUCAGAAAUGUAAUAAUUCAAGCCCUGUUCUUUUUUUUUUUAAUAAAUGCUAUUUCUUGUAACAGAAACCAGUAUAUUGGUAUUUGCAUACACAGUGAAAAUGGUAACAAAAAAAAUAGUUUCAGGUGAUGCUUCCUAUAAGCACUGUGAACUUUAAAGUCAAGAAAUAAUGAGAGUGUAGAGCUAGGCUUCUGUGUUAGGAAAUUGUAAGUUGUGUACCUUCUGUGUGUUUUAGAGACAUUGGGUAGUUGGUUAUAUUGAUGAUAUGAAAUAAAAGACUGAUCAUCAGAAAGCAGGUGUGUUGCCAUGCUCAGUGUGAUGCAGCAGAGAUUGCUGUCUGAUGAUGAAAUCAGAAAUAACAAAAAGAAUAUUUUUAAACUUGGUAACAUCACUAUUCUUCUAGGAUAGUCUUAGUUUUUUGUUUAAUCACAGUGAUUAUCUGACCAAAAUAAAAUCUGAUGCUUGGUUUUACAACUUUCUUAUUCUUGGCUUUACUUGUAUAUGCGUAAGCAUUAGGCCUAAUUCACUCUGAGUUGACUAUUGAAUUCAAAUUAAAUUUAACUCCUUCUGUAGUUGCUUUAGACCUUUUUGUUCAAAAUAAAUGAAGAGGAAUAAAAUCUCCUUUGUAUGCUUAUGUACUGGUUUUUUUUUUACAUUUUUAUUUCUGUGCAAUUGUAUUGAUAGUAAUUAUUAAAUUCACAUAUUUAUAGAAAUACAUUAGGUCUGUAGAAAUGAGUUCAACAAUAACUUAACCAAUGCAGAACAGCUUUGAUAAAUUUGAGGAAGAAGGGUACAAGUUUUACAAUGAUAGUAUUAUUUCUAGUAAAUAAACAUCAUUUUAGUGUUAUUGAGUAUUCUAGUAGGGUAUAUUCACCAAAAAUAGAAAACAUUUCUAGUAUUUACCUUAUUCUUUCUUUAGUAUUUUUUCAAAUCAAUUUUUAAUGCCCAAAACAUGCUCUGAAAUGUGGCUUUAUUACUGUAAGUAAUUGAUCUUGUUAAUAUUUAUUUUGUUAGUUUGAAUGCACUUAUUUAAGAUAAUAAACCUAUUUUUUCUACAUAGUUAGAAGAUAGUAAGAUUUGCAAAACAAGUUACUUUGAUGUUGAAUUGGCAUCUGAAAGAGAUUAUUAUAAGUGUUCAUAUACUAUCCAGCAUUGGUAUGUUUCUUAAACUUAGUAUUUAGUAUGUUCUAUUGUAACAUUUAAUUCUUCCUGUUAGCAAACUUUCAACAGAAAUCUGUUUUAUUUGCAAAAAGAAUAUCCACAGUAGAGAAUUAGAUAAGUCUUACUAAAUUAAGGAAAAUAAAUAAGGAUAUAAAUUUGGCAGCCACACAAGAAUCAUUGUGCCUUUUUAGUUGCCUUAUUAAUUUGAAUUUGGACAAGGUUCUUCCACCUCCUUACGCCAUUUCUAUAAGAGCAAUAAAAGCAUGAUUACAAAAAGAGCGAGGAAAAAAAUAAAAGGGAACUGGUAUCCAUUUGAUAUGGUAAUUUGUGCAACAUUUGGUCUUUUUCAUAUUUGGGAAAAAAAAAAAAAACACUUCAAAAAUGUCUUGCAUAGAAAUGAUUCAGAAGACAGGAAAAUAAUGGAAUCUGAAAAACAGUAGAAUGUGUAUUGUUUCAUGACUCCUUUCCUGAAAGGCUUCCUUCCUUGCAGAGCACUGCGUUUUCUCAUCAGCAAACUUUCUAGGCCACUAGAAAGGAGGAGCAAUGGAUGUUUUGGGAAAUAUAUGCAUCAUUCCUAUGUUUUGAAUCAACUUCUGGCUUGAAAUGUUAUUUAUGAAAUCUUAAAAGGUUGUUAAACAGUUUGUUAUGGAGUUCUGAAAAUAUUUAAGCAGGGUGAGAAUCCCCAUUGUAAUACCAUUGUAACAGUUAUUAGCUAGUACUGUUUACUCCUGAGCUCUCCUAGUCUGUUUCAUUGCAAAAUUUAAUAGUUGGUUAAUCCAUGUUAGUGAGCAUAUUUCAGCUUUGAUGUGAGAAAUACCCUCUACAGCUGGGAUAGUUGUUUCUAUAAUUGUCUUAAGUUUCCUGAAGAAGUAGUUCACCAAUGUGGGACUUGCCUCAAUAGGAUGGUGCCACAGAUGUAGAUAUGUAGAUAUCUCUGUGUAAUUGGGGUGUCUAAGCUAUGAAAAAUCUACAGAAUGGAGCAAUAUUUUGUGCUGAGUCUCCAGCUGCUACAGCAGAAGAAUACAACUCUUAAAGAAGUCCUGUGUCAGACAUGCUGUUUUCGUGUAGUUGCCUCUAAUACCUUGGAGCAUCUUUAGUAACACUGUCACUAAAAGUAUUUAGGAAAAUGAGUCGAGCAGUGAUGGUACUUGGAUAUGUAGCUAACUAUGGCAACAAGAUGCAUUUCAGUGUCUCACACUGAGAAUUAAAUCUUGCCCUUGAGAUAUCUAUUGUUUUGGGGAGUAGAAAAGCCUAGGUUUAAGUCCAUGUUCUUCAGACAGAGUCUGCUUUUGCCCAGUAACUGUUAGGUAUGAUUUACGGAAACAUGACUGUCUAGUUUUGAAACAAAACAUGAUGACAGGGCCAGUCCUAUGUUUAGAUUUUACAGAUACAUAUUCUGAGGCAAGGAUUUGUAUCCCAGUUGCAACGCUUCUGCAAUUUGGACUUACUCAAUGUCUUAAGUACUUGCUAAGUAGUUAUGUCAACGUUCAGCUUUUAAAUAUCUGGCUUCCAAAGAAUCCCAAAUCCAGAGAAAAUACAUAUGGUCUUUGAAGAAUGGAGAAUAUUAGAUGUCUAAAGAACAGUCUAGAAGUCCCAUGUGCUGAGCAUAACUUAUCCUAGGCUCAAAGAACAAGGAACUCUGAAAGAAGAAAGUGGUCUGACCUGUUGUUUCCUGGGAAUGUUCUACCUGAGUUAGCUGUACAGUUUUAGUAUUUAUAAUUCAGCAUUUACUUCAUCAUACUGAUUUUCUUUUCAUGAAUGUAUAUACUUUAAAAAUUAGCAACAUGCCAGUGUUGUGAAAAUGCAAAAUAUUCAGGCUUUUAUAUAGAUGCAUAUAGAUAUAUAUU